AUGCUGUCAAAUAUUAAAGAAGAUAUUCAGCGGAAAAUCGCCGUUGAACAGAAUAUUAUUCAAGGUGCUACGAAUUUAAAGAAAAGGACCGAUAAUGUGAUGGUCAUUCAAAAAUGUAACACGAAUAUAAGAGAGGCACGCCAAAACAUCGAGUAUCUUGAAGAUACGCUUAGGAAGUUGAAACUAAACGAUAAUCAACCAAACGCUUCCAAAGGGUUUAGUGAUUCAACAUCUCAUCUUGAAGAAAAGGGGCAGGAAUAUGGGGUACUGUCUACAAUAUCACCUGAAGAACAAACGUUUUCCCGUCUUGAUUUGAUAAAAUAUGAUUGUCCCUCUUUGUCACAGAGGAUCCAGUUUAUGUUACAGCAGUUGGAAUUCAAGCUACAAGUGGAGAAACAAUACCAAGAAGCUAAUACGAAACUGACUAAGCUGUAUAGGAUAGAUGGUGAUGAACAUACCAGUUCAGCUGCUGAAGGCGGUGCAUUUGAAUCGAAGUAUAUGAUUCAGCUGUUGACCAAAUCGUUAAAGAAAUAUCAAGCAAUUAAUGUUGAUUUGGACCAAUACAAGCCACAUGAUAAUGACUCAUUGAAUAACAAUCAAUCAAAGUUUAGAAGAAAACAACUGACAGGUGUAUUAACUAUUGGUAUAACUGCCCUAAGGGACGUUGACCAUAUCCAAUCACCGAUGUUUGCCAGAAAACCAGAAAGUUACAUAUCAAUCAAGAUAGAUGACACUGUAAAAGCAAGAACAAAAGCUUCAAGGAAUGAUAGGUGGAAUGAAAAAUUCAAUAUUUCUGUUGACAAAGGAAACGAAGUUGAAAUCACAAUUUAUGAUAAAGUUAAUGAUAUGAUGAUGCCAGUCGCCGUUACUUGGCUCCUUCUAUCUGACAUAGCAGAAGAAAUCCGUAAGAAAAAGGUAGAACAAACAUCUGGGAUGCAUGGCUGGGCGAACGCAUCGAAUCAUGGGUUAAGUUCUUCCUCACUGGAGGAGGCCCCUAAAAACUCUUCAAAUGUUCAAUCAGAAUCGCUUUCCUCUGCAUCUACAGCAAGGCCUGAAACAGUGGUAUCUACCAAUCAAGCAGCACAAAUCACUACAAAUCAAUGGUUUAUAUUAGAGCCGUCAGGUCAAAUGCUACUCACUUUAGGUUUCCAGAAAACAAGCCAACCUGAAAGGAAGAAUGUAGUUGGUGGGUUACAUCGUCAAGGUGCUAUCAUUAAUAGAAAAGAAGAAGUAUUUGAACAACAUGGUCAUCACUUCGUUCAAAAGUCUUUCUAUAAUAUCAUGUGUUGUGCAUAUUGUGGUGAUUUCUUAAGAUACACUGGAUUCCAAUGUCAAGAUUGUAAGUUUUUAUGUCAUAAGAAGUGCUAUACUAACGUGGUUACUAAAUGUAUUGCCAAAAUCUCUACAGACACAGAUCCUGAUGAAGCCAAAUUGAAACAUCAUAUCCCACAUAGAUUCGAACCUGUUUCCAACCGUGGCACGAAAUGGUGCUGCCAUUGUGGUUAUAUUUUGCCAUGGGGUAAACAUAAAGUACGCAAGUGCAGUGAAUGUGGUAUAAUGUGCCAUACACAAUGUGCACACCUGGUUCCUGAUUUCUGUGGUAUGUCAAUGGAAAUGGCCAAUCAAAUUUUAAGAACUAUUAAGGAUACUCAGCGUAGUCAAGAAAAGAGAAGGAAAAGAAUACCUAUUUCAGGGCAACAAGAUUCAGGUGGUCCAACCGCAGUGGCGACAAGAUCUCCUAAGAAGGCGUCAGAGCAAAAAACAAAUGAAAUUUAUAUGGAUAAAAAUAAAAUUCAGAACGAGUCUAAAAGACAAUCAUAUGAGAACAGACCAGAGCAAUAUAGCAGGGAUCAAUCAACCCUGGAAACUAGGUUUGACAAUGAACAAACAGUUAAGCAGGAAAAUAUUCGUAAGAAGCUCAACACUUUUAUCGACAAUAAUGAAGCAUACCUAGAUUUUACAAACAACACUAGCGAGACUAUGGCCGUCGAUGUGUCUUCAAAGACAUUAGAUCCUACCAACAGACUAUCCUAUAGAGAUGCACAGCUGGAAACUAAAGAUGUGGCAGUCACAGAAGAUAGAGAUAUAGAGGCUGAACAAACACAGAUGAGUAGUUAUAAUAACGCACGCCUGUCUAUUCAUGACAAAAAUACCCUGCAGUCGGCGAGUGAGAUCACCGAACCUACAUAUGAGCAUUCAAUUGACCUAGGAUUAGAAACCACCCAAUUAACAUCUGCCGCUGCAGAGGAAGAUAUUGAUGAUAAUAUGGAUACGCAAGCAGAUUUUUCGACAUCAAAUCCAUUUCGUGAUAUGAACAGUGCAAAGUUCGAACAAGUGCAGAAUGAACUAUCGAAUAAAAUUGUACAGGAUCAAGCUACCAUAUUACUUCCAACUGACUCAAAUUCAUCAUAUAAACAUCAAACUGCAGUUAAACAUAAAAGGAAAACAUCAAAACGCCGUAAAGUAUCUCUAGAUAAUUUUGUUUUAUUAAAGGUGUUGGGUAAAGGUAACUUUGGUAAAGUUAUUCUAUCGAGGUCCAAAAAUACAGGAAGGUUAUGCGCUAUCAAAGUGUUGAAGAAGGACAAUAUUAUCCAGAAUCAUGAUAUUGAAAGUGCUCGAGCGGAAAAGAAAGUAUUCCUUUUAGCAACGAAAACAAAACAUCCGUUUUUGACUAAUCUUUAUUGUUCUUUCCAAACAGAAAAUCGUAUCUACUUCGCGAUGGAGUUUAUUGGAGGUGGUGAUUUGAUGUGGCAUGUUCAAAACCAAAGAUUAUCUGUAAGACGAGCCAAAUUUUAUGCUGCAGAAGUUUUGUUGGCACUGAAGUACUUUCAUGAUAAUGGUGUUAUUUAUCGUGAUCUAAAACUAGAGAACAUCUUGUUAACACCGGAAGGUCAUAUCAAGAUUGGAGAUUAUGGGUUGUGUAAAGAUGAGAUGUGGUAUGAAAGCAAGACGUCAACUUUCUGCGGUACUCCUGAGUUUAUGGCUCCCGAGAUCUUAAAAGAACAAGGUUAUACCAGGGCUGUUGAUUGGUGGGCUUUUGGAGUUCUGUUAUAUCAGAUGCUACUGUGUCAAUCUCCAUUUUCAGGAGAUGAUGAAGAUGAAGUUUUCAAUGCAAUUUUAACCGAUGAACCAUUAUAUCCUAUUGAUAUGGCCGGUGAUAUUGUCCAAAUUUUCCAAGGUUUAUUAACAAAGGAUCCUGAAAAUCGUCUGGGUGCUGGACCUCGUGAUGCCUUGGAGGUGAUGGAAGAACCAUUUUUCCGUAAUAUUAAUUUUGAAGAUAUGCUAAAUUUGAAGGUCAAACCACCCUACAUACCAGAAAUCAAAUCUCCGGAAGAUACAUCGUAUUUCGAACAAGAAUUUACGUCAGCUCCGCCCACUUUAACACCGUUACCAUCUAUUCUUACAACUAAAGAACAAGAGGAAUUCCGCGGGUUUUCUUUCAUGCCUGAUGAUUUGGAACUGUGA